AUGAUAGGAAUCCUGACAGACAAGGUUCAGGAAAGGAGAGAUAAAAACUGGACCAGAUCCCACACGGACAGGAAUACGCAAUAUGAGGGCAAUGAUAGGCGAGAAGGAGAACCACGGCGUGACAGACAGCGUGACCAACAGAAAAUGCACCACAAAAUUCCACAACUGCCUAAUAGUGCUGCAAGAGUGUUAGCCACUAUUGCUGGGGGAACGGCCGGAGGAAGAGAGACAAGUUCCCAAAGAAAGCGGCAUCUAAAGGCAGUCAUGACUGUAAAAAGAAUUUUAAUUGAUAGUGGUAGUUCUGCUGAUAUUAUUUUUUGGGAGACUUUUCGUGCAAUGAAUAUUCCAGAGCAACACUUAAUCCUUAGUUGUACAAAUUUGCUUGGCUUUUCUAGAGAAUGCGUACAGCCCAAAGGUACCAUUGAAAUUUUGGUAACCUUUGAGAUUAUGCUUAUAGGACGAACUGCUAAGGUAUGUUUCUAUAUAAUUGAUUGUGCAUCUGCCUAUAAUGUUAUUUUGGGUUGUCAAACCAUUGGAGCUUUGGGCGCAAUUAUAUCCAUGCCACAUCUUUUGAUGAAAUUCAGAAGUCCUUCCGUCACAAUCGUAUCUAUUAGAGGAGACCAGAAGGCGGCACAUAGCUGUUACAAUACCAACUUAAUGGUAAAUAAUAAAUCCGCAGUUCAUCAAGAUACUAAAGGUAAGGCUUCCAUCAAUAUGACAGAUUUAGACAUGCGUGAAGAUUUUCACAAUGUGCGUCCUCAACCUGACGCUGCUGAUAUACCAGGAUUAGACCCAUAUUUCAUUGGUCGUCACCUCAUUAUUGGUCCACAAGCAAAACUAGUUGCUCAGAAGAAGUGCAAAAUUUCUCCUCAAAAACAAAACGUGGUUGAUGAUGAAGUGACAAAGUUGUUAGACACACCGGUCAUUAGAGAAAUUACGUAUUCUAUGUGGCUUUCCAAUGUCGUCCUGUUAGUUGAUAAUUUGGCAGGGUAUCAAAUCUUUUCAUAUAUGGAUGCAUAUUCAGGAUAUAACCAAAUCCCAAUGUUCAAACAAGAUGUAGAGGCCACCACUUUUAUCACUGAAAAGGAAACAUAUUGUUACAACAUGAUGCCUUUCGGUCUUAAAAAUGUCGGCGCGACGUAUCAAUGUAUGAUGAACAAAGUGUUUAGUGAGCAAAUUGGUCGCAUGCUAGAAGUUUACAUUAAUGACAUGAUUGUCAAAACCACUGCAACCCUACAACAUCCAAACAAUUUAGAGCAUGUAUUUCAGCAAUUGCGCAAAUACAAAUUACGACUCCAUCCAGCUAAAUGCGUGUUAGGUGUUCCAGCAGGAAAAUUCCUGUGA